AACAAGGAAAGUCUUAAUUGAAAUUGAAGAGUUUAAACUUUGCUGUUUCACCUUAAGAAAGAAUUCGUUGAAGUUUUUGCCAAAAUAUUUCAUUGCACCCAGAGCUAGAAAUGACUUCUCACCAGAAUCGUGACAUCUGUUGAAACUCAGCUAAAACUAAAAUCAGCCCCUCUGCGCCAGAACCUCUGCUCUGCUUCUCCACUUUGUCCUGGGUUUGCUGCGAAGACCAUAAUGGAGCCUAAACUGUACCAGCCCCCACCAGAGGUCCGGGGUAUGACCUCUUUGGACAAAGAUGCCUUCACACAGUACAUUACAGUCCCAGCUCUUCGGGUACCCACUGGGGUCUUGAAUAAAGUAGUAAAGAGUCUGAGAAAGUCCACUAUCCAGCGCCCAGGUGUACCCAGAGUGGUUCAAGGCGAAGAGGAGGAUAGUGGCUUUCGGCUAAUACUGCUGGACCCUCACAGAGUGUCUUCUCCAAGCUCGUUCAGUGAGGCUGAAGCCGAGGCCAUCAGGUCAUUCGGUGUCAUUGAGGAGCUGCACCACUAUGAGCUGAAGCUGACCUAUGACAACCUGAAGAGUGAAGAAGUGCUGGAGGCGGUACUCCCUCAGGGUCAGGAUGUUACAUCAGGGUUUAGCCGGGUGGGACACAUCGCACACAUGAACCUGAGAGACCACCAGCUUCCAUACAAGAACCUCAUAGGUCAGGUGAUCAUGGAUAAAAACCCUGGUGUCACCUGUGUGGUCAAUAAGACAAACAUAAUUGACUCAGCUUAUCGUAACUUCAAGAUGGAGGUGUUGGCUGGCGAGGAGAACAUGGUUACCAAAGUCAAAGAAAAUGGGGUGACGUAUGAAUUUGAUUUUUCCCGUGUGUAUUGGAACUCUCGACUGAGUACUGAGCACCUGCGAGUGGUGCAGCUCAUUAAACGUGGUGACACUGUGUUUGAUGUGUUUGCUGGUGUUGGACCUUUUGUUAUCCCAGCUGCCCGCAUGGGUGCCAACAUUUUGGCCAACGAUCUCAACCCAGAGUCUUACAGAUGGCUGCAGCAUAACUGCAAACUAAACAAAGUGGACAGCAAAGUCCGAACCUUUAAUCUGGAUGGCAGAGCUUUCAUCAGGGGACCUUUAAAGGAGCAGCUGCAUGCUCUACUGAAGGGAGAAGCUGGUGUUCAUGUGGUGAUGAACUUGCCUGCGUUGGCUCUGGAGUUCCUGGAUGCUUUUAAAGGUCUCCUGCAGGGAGAACCUCCCUGUGACCAAAACCUCCCCACAGUGCACUGCUACGGCUUCUCUAAAGAUGAAAACCCUAAAGCGGAUGUGGUGAAGAGGGCUUCCCACAGCCUCGGAUACCCUCUGAAGAACAAUUACUCAGUGCAUUUUGUGCGGAACGUAGCACCCAACAAAGAUAUGAUGUGUGUAAAAUUCACACUCCCCAAAGAAGUCCUCUUCUGCAGUGAUGAUGAACACACAGAGUCCUCAGAGGAGCCAGCCCUGAAGAGACAGAAGUGUGAAGAAACUACACACUCAACAUGAUAAUCACAUAAACCUGGAAGUAUCGGGAAAGCAAGAAAAUAUUAAGGGGAUGUUUUUUUUUCCCUCUCUGUAAUGUUUUAUCCUUAAUACACAUAUUCAGUCUUCUCUGGAAACCACAAACUAGUUUCUGCUUGAAUUUUGUGCUCUAAGAUUGGUCCUAAUUCUUUUAAUUUUUUGGCGUCACAAAUUACAUGUUGAUUUGUUUCAUUUUUAAAU